CUACCCGCCCAUUUCACUGACGAGGCUUACCCCGUGUUCAUAUCGCGGCCUCCCCGGCGUGUUCGCUUGCAACUUUAAAUGUCUAUUCUUUAAGAUUUGGUGUUCUUCUCUCUCUGCUGUCACUCUGCAUCGCAUGUGAAGGCAACACGCAGCCAUCGACGUCAAUGUGGGGCUGUUGCAUUGGGUUGCCCCAAGCGCCCCACCUUUCACCCAAUUUUAUUGUUUGCGAAGCCGUAGGUUCGAUUCCGGCUCGGGUCCCAACUCAAAAAAUUCUGGCGUUGACACACACCUCGCUCUACGAACCUACCACUCCCUCACUUUCGUCUUCAAUCCUUGCUCCAGCGCCACCUAGUGAGAAAAGCCAGCGCGAGUGCCGGAAUCACGUAUUCCACCGACAGAUUGCAGUAAAUAUACUCACAACAAAGUCCUUUCCCGCUGCGCUUCUGGAUUUCCCUGCCGUGUUCCUCACUUCAAUUUCACCCGGCCUUCACCAUCGCGCUAUCGACAAUUUCCGUUACCGACUUCUACCUCGAUUCUGUCUAUGCUUCCCUGACCAGCCAAUAUAUUUGCUUGUGUAAAUUCCGUCCGCAAAUGGCCGUCUGAUUUGUGGAAGAGGGAGUUCUCUCGGCUGCAUAAUGGCUCGAGGGGUGGAUAGCCUGAUCGAGUGGUGUGUCCGAGAGAUAUCCUUCUCUAAUGACGAAGGACUCACCCCCCAAAGCUUCCUUGCCGCAGUCAAGAACUUCCUGAACGGUAAGGAGGGCGAUGGUCCGCCCGACAAUGAGGAGGAGGCCGAGCAGCUGGCAGCCAGGAAUGAGGUAACAACUCUCCAGGACGACCCAGCAGCAUUUGAGGUCGCCGCCACGGCCUGGGGCCAUAUCUCGGCUAGACCCGAGGUCUCGGUUGGUUUUGAUCGCCUAGACAGAUCUUGGAAUCAUCUCUCGUUCCGAGAUGUCUACCACCUUCCGCUGAGGCCACCCAAGGGCAAAGUCAAUCCGAGUCCUGGCGGCCAGUCUUCUGAGGACCCCAAGGAUGUCCCUUCUGUCCAGCCGUGUAUCUUCACUUCCGAGGAGGUCACAUGGCUCAACAUCACAGGCCAUGGCAUAGACACAUCCCGAAUCCCCCCUCUCUACUGGAAACUGCUCGUCGUCCUCGCAUCAUGCCACCAACACGGAGCCACUCAGGCCAAUCUUUGUCGACUUGGAGGCGGCGACAGCCGGUCUGUCCCGUUGAGGACUCACAGGCUCGCGGACCAGGGCUACCUCGUGAAGCGCACCGUGGUGUUGCGAGGCUGCAAGACGAGCAAGCUCUGGCUCACCCAAUUUGCACCACCAGAGCUACCAAGCACCGACAGCCCGGAAACCUGGGGACGAGACCUUGACUUGUCACCCUCGAACCUCACCAAGGACCUGCGGCCAGUGGCAUGGUGUACAAGCUGGACUGGCACCACCAUAGACUACGAAGCCUUUGGACGCUCUAUCCUUGCGAUUAUCAAGGCCUGGGAGGUUCUUCGUACAGUGGACCUGAAGAACAAACUUGGAAUUCACGGAGUGCGGUGGCAGAUGAAGGUCCUUGCCCGCAUUUUACGCCGAUUUGCAGGGGCUGGAAUCAUAGGCUAUGUUGCGGCCUCGCUCGGCGAUUCGGGCAGGAUCUUCAAGGACUGCAUCAAGUUUCUGCGCGAUCCUACCGAGGUCGAGUGGAGCAGCUACCUCUCGACCGGUGGCGGCAAAUCCAAGGAGCAGAGGGCCAGCGCUCAAGCGAAAAAGAAGAUCGAGCAAGGCGAGCCAACCGAGGAAAAGGCUGCGGAUGCCACCGAACUCAAAGGCUGCAUGUCCGCCCAGCUAUCGAAGUGGACGCCCGACAAGCCUCUGGUCAACCAGGUACACGAGACGAUAAAGCGCGCGGCCUCGCAGGGUCUAUCGGUUCCCCAGAUCAGCGCGCUCACUGUGGGAUACGCGUUCCGGCGCUACAUGGACAGCCUGAUGCCAUUGCUUGCCAAUCCCACUGUCCAGCCUGCCCGUCUCGGCCACUUCAUUAUCAACCUCGAUACCCGAACGGCCCGGUUAAAGGUGUACUCCACCGACACUUCUAACGGUCCGGAGCUCCCACGUGGAACAGUGGCUGCUGUGUUGUCGGGAGAACUGUCUCCGGCGGCCGCUCAAGAGAAGUUUGGGUUUCCGGCCGUCCCCGAGCCCCUGGCUGCUACACGCUCGAAUGCGAACCUCACGGCUCUAGGUCGUAUUCGCCAUACCACCGCCCCUCGUGCCAACCUACCUCGUGACCUGGUCGCGGGUAAGCGCCAGUUUGUUUUGUUCGAGGACCCGAUCCCAGAACCUCCGGCAAAGCGAGCACGCAGAUCUCGCCCAACGAACGAGGCGGAUAUGGACAACGGCUUGGAUCUGAGUCUGUCCGCGGAUGCUACCCUUCCCGCCAGCUCUCAGACAGUAGGCGAGGGGGGAGAAAAGGAAAGGGUAAAGAAGAGUCUUGAAACUCUACUGCCUCAGGAACCUGGACCAAUCCCCAGACCCGAGAUUGAGCCUGGCAUCAGAGCUUAUAUCGGGGAGGCCAGCUCGGCUCCCAAGAGGCGCGGCCGCCCGCCAAGGAAUGCUCCAAAGCGCUUGUUUCUCACUUUUGUCGGACAGGGAGUACAGGCUUGGCAGCUAUCGCAACGCCCUGACGCUGAGGAUCAAUCGGUGGCGGCUGCAGAAGAAACCUCCUCAAUGUCAACCGCAUCCAUUCUCCGACCAAAGACGCCUACCCCUGAGUCCUUGCCAGAGGCACCACCGGAAGAGGAACCCGUGCCUGCAAACCCUGAAUCCGACCCCUCAUCUAAGUCUGCGGCUGAGGAGGCUACCCCGGACAACGCAAUUUCAGAUAAUGUACUCGUGGCGCGAUACAAUGGACGGUCUGGUCAACUUCGGCUCCUCCCACAAGAACGUCAGGUUAUAUUCGACUUUAGUCCUUUCAUCGCUGGAAGAAAGCCGCUGAACAUUGCGUUCGACGAUAUUCUGGAGGAUCCAAAGAUAGAAGUGCCGCCAGACGAAGAUGACAAGUGCUUUGUCAUCAAAGUCUCGCGAAAUGGCUCCCAAUGGCCAUACCUCUUCCACUUCGACAACGAUCCCGAGGUGUGCGACGCCGCCUCAACCUUUCAGGGCAAGCUGGAAACCCUCAAGACAGCGACCAACGCCAACUCUGAGCCCAAGGCGUCAGAGUCACAUGUCCCGGAAGUCUCAGAGUCUGAUGCAGGGCAGCCAGAGCUAGAGGAGCAAGAGCCAAGACCGUCCACCCCACGGUCACACAGGAAGCGCAAGCGACAGGUUGCAGCAUCACCUUCCACAGGGCUAUACAGAUGCAAACAAUGCGGCGCAACUUACAAAAAUAGAGAAGGACUCAGGUACCACCAGCAAAAGUCGCAGACUUCUUGCAACCCAGACUUCAUUGCGACGCCAAUUCUUGUGGAACCAACAAAACGUCGCCGAAUCACAUUUGAGUACGGCGAGCCUGAGCCGCAAGAAGCCACGCUCGGCGGCCCCCGCACAUUUCAGAAGCAGAGGCUGGUGGCUGUAACCUCACCAGCCAAGUCAUCGAGAGGGCGCUCCCGCAAGGCCACUCGGAAGUCGGUCGAGGCAGGAAUAGAUCUCUCAGCGAAAGGAUCGGUCGAGAAGGAGGCCACCAACGGAACUGAUGUAAGCAUGGCCGAACCGCCAUCGGCUGAUGGGUCGGGUCUUGCGGUUAACGACGGCGCCGCCACAGAGAACGCCGAGACGAGCGAGCCCGCACCAGUAACCAACAAAGCCAACGAGAAAACGCAGGAACAACCCGACCAAGAGCCGCCCAAGCAAGUCAUUGGCCCAGAUGGAAUCCCGGUAUUUGUCUUACCAAUUUGUGACAACCCAAAGGUGUUACCCUCGUCCCACAGAACCAUGAUGGCCACCAUGUACUUGAUUGAAGCAAAUGGUGGCAUCUUUCCAGGCGACAAGGGCCUUUGGUUUGCCGUUUUCACUCUGCAUCUCAAGCACUUUCCAGAGGAGAGCCCUCCGAGCUUGCGCUCCGUCCAGGCCCUGGCCAAGACGCUUGAGAAGCGCAAGAGUCUGCGUAUACAAACAUACGCCUGGAGAGACCCGAAAGGAUCCAGCUCCUCCCUGAGCUUGGUGACCAAACCUGACCUCCCCAACACAAGCCCGCUCAUCCCUGAACUCAAGGAGAGGAUCCAAGCCGUCCAUCCAGAGCCCUACGUCCCGCCGCUGUUUGCGCCUUCUACAGAAAUCAGGGCCGUGCUCGAGGUCAAAAUCCAAGAAGAGGUUGCGCGCAUGAACGGUCGGUCCAAGCGGAAGCUGCCCGGGGAGGUCGAGGUUCUGAAGGCCCCGUUCUACGAAGUGGCUAGAAACGUCCGUCUCGUCCGCCAGGAACUUUCAGACCACGAGCCCGAUGAGGCCAGGCCUGAUGAUUGGAACAGCAGAUUCUCCACGGGAGCAACCGAUGGCCCAGGCGACAAGAGUGCCUGGCUCGCCUCCCGGCUUGUCCGCCUUUCAGGGGUGGGCAUGGGCCGACGACGACGGAGGCUGCUGCCAGACUCGCGGCCACGAAAGUUCCGGCGGCUCGAGUAUUCAAGAAACCCAGGGCUCGACACCUUGCCUCCAUCCUUUUUCACCCACCAUGGUGUGGCCGAGGACGCAACCCGCCCCCCAGUUCGGUUUUUGCCGCCACUCUCAAUUGCGGACAUCUCGCAGUAUUACCACGAGACUGAUGCGGGAUCGGCUUCGGACAAGGAUUCUGCCUCUGAUGACGGCUCGCCCAGUGUUCAGAUGCACGAAGUACCCACAGAGACCGAUGCUGCCUCCGCGACUGCAGACCCCCCGUCCGAUUUGGCAAGAGAUGUUGUCUCAUGCUCGUUCGCCGAUUCUAUAUCACUCCUAAGGUUGAGCGAUUCGGGCAAAGGCUGGCCAGCUCUGGAUGAGUCUUACUUCCAUGAUAACGAUGGAAGUUUCAUCAUGCCAGACGACUUUAAGCCCGACAAGAAGCACAUUCUCCCACAGCACAUUCCGAGAAACUUGGAAGAGAUGCCCCACAAAGAGAAGUACAAGCUUGACGAGUGGCGCGAUCCGAACUGGGGAGAAUUCGCUUGGCACGUCGAGUCCUGCCGUGAAUGGGAGCUUUCCGAGGAUACUUCUCGUCUCCUCCAGUCGUCCAGCCUGGCCCCUGACCACAGGUUCCUCAACUUUACCGUUAACCCCGACGUUAUGAAGGUGGACCAGAGCCUCCCGGAGCCAGCUCCAAGCGUGCUGAAAUGGACCCCCGGUAACCAGUUCACCGUCGACUCCCUGCCCUACUUUACUCUGUCGGAAGAAGUGGAGAGGUACGAAAGGUCUGCCACGGGAAUCAAGCAUCAUCAUCUUCUUUUUUCACACGGGCGCGGACGCGGUGGAAGGGGUGGGGGCAUGGGUAGAGGCGGCAGUAGGGGCGGCGCACGGAGCCGGUUCGCCUCUGUCAGUCACAGCCACGGAGCCGCCUUCGAGAGAGAACAGCGACCCAGAGCCUAUGGUGGUGUUCGGCGUCCCCGGGGCGCAAGACUGCAUAGAGUGCCACAGUUCAAGAAGGUUCGGGAACUAUCGGCGUUUCCGCACGCCCAAGAUGACUAUUUUGAGACUCGGGCCGUGUCGGACGAUAUCGACUGGUCUACCCACGACACUCGCAUUGCCGCCUUUGUCGUGGUUAGGACGCUUUUGGGUGGUGUCGACAAGACCAUUGACUGGGGAGUCAUGAUGAGGUUGUUCCCAGAUACGCGACUCUCGAUUCUAAGAAAGUUCUGGACCGAGGCCAGGAAGGUGAGGGGCUAUUACAUCGAGGUAACUACGGAGAAGUUCCAGGACGCAUACCUCGCCGCGUACGAGAGAAAGGAGAUCCCGCCCUUGAACUACGACGAUGUGCUAGCCUACGACUGGAAGGGUCUUGUCAGGUGGACCGUCACGACGGUGAUCCGGCAGGUCGUGCGUCUCCCGACCACGAGAGGCCGCCUGGAGCAGGACUACCUGAUCAAUGAGGCGGCCUACAAGCCGCUCGAAUGGCGCGACACGUACUUCCACUUCCAGCGCUCGGUCUGGAAGCGGUUUCAAGACGCCACUUCGGAGCCAGCAGCCAUACCGGCCAUGGUACGGAGUCACAAGGGGCAGGUGUCACCGUCUGUCGACGAGAUUGUCGCGACGACGUGGAUCCGCGCGCUGUGCUCAACGCCACGUGAGCUGUACACGCCCAACUCGAUCAAGGAGAAGGUGCAGACGCUGGGCAUCGAGAGCGACGAGGAGCUUGGUCGGCUUCUCGAGAACGUCAUCUUCCAGCUGCAGGUCCGGCGCGUCAUAUGCAAGAGCAAGGCGUCGGCGUUCCGGAGCGGGCGGCCGUACAGGUACACCAAGCACUUCUCCGAGGCGCUCAAGAAGUCGUCGCAGGCGAGCAAGUUUGUGCAGGCGGCGGCCUACAAGCGGCGGCUGGACGCGCUGUGGCGCAGCGGCGGCGGGGCCAUGGACUUCCCCUACGCGCCCGACGACGGCGCCGUCAUGGCCAUCUUCAACCUGCAGGCCAACGGGCGCGUGCGCGUCGAGCCCGUGGGCGCGCCCGACAUCCCCAUGGGCUUCGAGCCAGGCAACUACGAGACGCGCAAGUACUCAAAGGACCUCUACACGUUUGGGCUCCGCGUCGUACCCACGGACCGCUACGUGUGCGACGACGACGUUCCCGUGCUGGCCCGGGCGGGCCGCACGCCGGCGCCGGGGGCGGGGCCGCGCGGCGAGCUCCCGACGUGGGGCUCCAUGGACGCGGAGCGCACGAGCGAGGCGCUCAAGCCGCUCACCGAGGUCUUUGACGUGCAGGCCGUCAUGGGCUGGGGCUCCGAGGUCGGCAUCGUGGGCGAGCUGGUCGAUGGCGGCGGCGGCGUCUGCGUCGAGGAGUGGUGGUGGCUGGUCGUGGCCCGGCUGUUUGAGGCCGGCGAAGCCGAGGCCGGGGUUGAGAGUAGCCAGGUGGCUGCGACGGUGGCGUCAACGACGUGA